AUGGCGUCUUCCGAUAUAUCUGAUGAUAAAUUCGAAUGUAAAACUUUGGAGUACAGAGUUUUUAGAAGUUCUAGUUAUUCACCCACAUAUUUACCUGAAAAUAUAUUAGUGGAUAAGCCUCAAGAUCAAUCUUCUCGGUGGUCGUCCGAUCAUGACCACUAUCCACAGUAUUUAGUUCUUAAAUUAUCUCGGCCGGCGAUUGUUAAAUUCCUCACAUUCGGAAAAUUUGAAAAAGCUCUAGUAUGCAACAUAAAGAAGUUUAUAAUUUAUGGUGGUAUGGAGCAUGAAAAUAUGACCGAACUUUUAAAAGGAAGCUUGAAGAAUGAUUCAGUAGCAGAAACAUUUGAAAUUAAACAUAAAAUUGGGUUGGAUGAAAUAUACUAUCCAAUAAAAUAUAUCAAAAUAAUGCCUAUUCAAUCAUGGGGGCCGAGCUUUAAUUUUAGCAUUUGGUAUGUACGCCUAACCGGUAUUGAUGAUCCGAAAAUUGUUGACCCUUGCAUCAAGUCGGUUAACCAGUAUUUUGAAAGUGAAAUUCUGAGACUUUGUAUGAAAUAUUUUCGCUGUAUAAAACAGACAGAAAUAGUUGAAACUCUGGGUAAAGUAUCUAAUGUUCAAUUAGAAGAUCACCGAUUAUCAGCUUUAUACGAUAUUUUAGUAAAUAAGGGAGAUUAUCUUGAAGCUGAGCGAUUUAUUACCGAUGCUGUUUCCAGUGGAUUAAUUGACGAAUAUACUAAAAAUCAACCCUACUGUGCGACUUGGACAAAAGUUACAUGCGACGAUCCAAGACCAGGUAUGAGAGGUGGUCAUCAAAUGGUGUUUGAUUCCGUAGCAGAAAUUAUAUAUUUGUUCGGUGGAUGGAAUGGGCAUAAGGAUUUAUCUGAUUUAUGGUCUUAUGAUAUAAGAGAAAAAAAAUGGACUCUUAUUUGCCAAGAUACAGAAAGUGUAGGCGGACCAGGAGCUCGGUCUUGUCAUAAAAUGUGCCUUGAUCCUGAAAAAAAACAAUUAUUCACAUUAGGAAAGUAUUUAGAUACGCAAUAUCGGUGUGCUGAAAAUUUAAAAAGUGAUUUUUACGUUUAUGAUAUACAAUCUAAUAAAUGGACUAAAAUAUCUGAUGAUACGAGUGUUAACGGAGGCCCAAAACUUAUAUUUGAUCAUCAGAUAUGUAUGGAUGUUGAAAAUAGAGUAAUUUAUGUCUUUGGUGGUCGAAUUCUCGUAACUUCAGUUGGUAUUGAUGACCAUGCAGUUGGAAUAUCAUUAAGUUCAGUCGAGCCUAUUUUCUCGGAUCUUUAUUCAUAUGACGUGUCAACUAAUACUUGGAAACUUUUAGCCUGUGAUAUUGCUCGAUCAAGUAUUCCAAUAAAUGUACCUACAAUAAAGUCUAGAGUUGGUCAUUCAAUGCUUUUUCACCCAAGUGAUCGAAAAUUGUAUAUUUUUUCUGGUCAAAGAAGUAAGGAGUAUCUAAAUGAUUUCUUUACGUUUGAUGUGGAUACAAGUAUAAUAGAACACAUUAGUUUAUCAGAUUUUGAAAGUGAAGAAUUGAAUCAUAUACCAGCAGCAGGAUAUACGCAAAGAGCAACAAUUGAUUCCGAGUCAGGUGAAAUUUAUGUCCUAUCGGGAUUAAGUAAAAACAAAGAAAAACGGGACGAAAAUGUACAUAAUUCAUUUUGGGUGUAUAAAAUAAAAAGCAAUACUUGGUCUUGUGUUUAUCGAAAUGAAAAUGUUGGUGAAAAAUAUUGGAAUAAAAUGCAAGAUUUUGAGCCAUGUCCUCGUUUCGCUCAUCAAUUGGUUUAUGAUAACGUUAGAAAAGUUCACUAUUUAUUUGGUGGUAAUCCUGGACGUACUUAUUUACCAAAAUUAAGACUUGAUGAUUUUUGGGAGCUAAAACUUAGUAAGCCACAACAAGAUCAAAUUCUUACAAGAUGUAAACUUAUAAUUAGGAAACAUAAAUUUAAAGAACUUGCUUAUUGCAAUAGUAUGAAAGCACUUGAGUACUUACAAAAAGAUAUUUCUGAAAUUAUUGACCAUAAUGAUGUUGAACAAACUAAGGACUUUCAACUAUUGACUUCUGUGCUCUUCUACGAACAGAAUUUAGGGAGACAUUUGACAAAAGUAACUGACAUUUCAUCAAAUACGAGUAGUUCGGAUACAUUAGCGAAAGAAUUCCAUCAGCGUCGUACGAAAUUAUUUGAUCAGCUCAUGAAAUUUUUCCCCGAAAAACUCACUCAACCGCGCACUAAUUUAGUUGAUCUUUUACUUUUGUGA